AUGCCCGCUCUCCUCCCUCGCCAAACAUCCCCUGACUGUCCAAGUUCAAUAACCGGCGGCGGCAUCGCGGGUAUCGUCGUCGGCACGAUCGCAGGCACGCUUCUCAUUUUGUGGUUGUUGAGAUUAUGUGCGGAUCCGCAGGUGCGAAGCGGUGAUGUAUCGGAUUGGAAGACGAGGAGGAGUACAUUUCGACGGAGGGAGAGGCCGGCGUAUGGAGCGUUUUUGGAGAAGCCGAGGAGAGAGAGGAAGAGGGCGAGGGCGAGGGGGUAUAGGGAUGAGGUGAGAAGGCCGGCGAAGGUGUAUUUGAGUUGA